AUGAUGUAAUCUAAGCCAAAAGAUAUUUUGAGUGAGUAUUUGCUAUUUACUGAUGGAAAAUUUCUCUCAGAGCCUCUUUACACUUAAAAAUUAAAUGAAUUCGAUAGCAAAAUGUUGAAACUUAAACAAUAAAUUUUAGGAUUAAAGAAUAUAAGUAUCCUAGAUGAUGAGCUAUACAAUAUUAUAAGCAUUUAGUUAAGUGAGAGCUUUAUUUAUAGCAUUUAGCAAUGGUAAAUAGAAAGCAUUAUAGAUAAAACAUAUCUUCUUUUGAAAGCUUAAGAAUAGAGUUCGCCUAAUGUUUUGAAUAUGGACAACAGCGCUAUUGUUUACCUAAUUAAUAGAAAUAUAAAAUUUGCUAUUAUCUAUUUGAUAACUAAAAUUGUAAUGAAAAGAAUAAAUUCUUUAACGCUAUCUGAGCAACUUUUGAAAUUUUUUGAGACUGUGGUUGAUCUUAUGUAUGAUAUGCUAAUUUAAGAUGAAAUUGCUUUGCAAUGUUAUGGAUAUGCAUGUUUUAAAAUGUAUGAAAAAUUAUAAAACGAUGAAGAGAAUUAAGAAGAGCCCUAGAUUUUUGAAAGCAAUCAUUCCUUUCACAUUUUAUAAAAAAUAAAAUAAAUUUCUAAACAUUUAUUGAGUAUUUUCUUAAGCAAUUUUAACCAAACUAGUGAAGUCUUUUUAGAAAAGUAUGAAAUUUUGAUGCUUAAAUGCCUGAAAUCAUCCAAUUAUUUCAGUUAAUAAGGUGGAUUAAUCUUACUCUCAAAUAUCCUGAAAGUGACAGAAACAUGCUAUCAUACAGGAAUGUAUUCUAUCAUUCAAGAAAUGAGCAUACCUUAAAAUUUAUUAAUAUAGAUUUAUCGUAUCUUCGUACUUCUUUCUCCAGAAGAGCAGUUGGUAAAAAAUAUCUUUACCAAAAUUGGAUCUCUUUCAUUGCCAAAUCAAAUACACUUUUUGAGUAACUUUUUGCAUAAUGGACUAUUCUAAGAAGUUUAUUAUUCAUUUGACUUUAAAUAGUAAAAAUUUGAUUGCUUUACUCAAGAAUACUCUCAAUUAGUUCUAAAAAAUCUAUACAAAUUUUAUUAAGAUAAUCUUAAAUAAUAUGUAGAUGAAAUUUAGUAAUCAUAGAACAAAUUAAUUGCAAAGGAUUAAAAUUAUCAAAUAGAAUCACAAAAAAUCAUAUAAAGUCUUCUAAGAAACGCCGAAUUAUUUAACUUAAACACUUUCUAGUUGUAUAGCGAUUUAAAGUAAUAUAUUGAUGCUCUCCAAAAUACCCUUCCAAAUAACUCUGUUUCUCCAUAUAUCAUAAAUAACCUUAUAACAAUUAUGAUUCAAUAUAACUAAGCACUAUUUUAAUUCUAAGAAAUAGCUCCUUUCUUUGCAUACUUAAAAAAUCAAUCAUUUUAAAAUACAAUUAUCAAAGCAAAAAUAUAUUUUCUUCUUUCUUACUCAGACGCAGAUGAAACUAAUGCAGAAGUAAAUAAAUAUUCUCCCAAAAUUAUCUUGAUUUUUAUAUAUAAACAAAAACAUCAAACCCCCUCUUUAAUUUCAUAAUCUACACAUAGUAUUUAUUGA